AUGGGAGUUGUAGAAGAAUUGGAUGUUGAAGAAGAUGAAAGUACAACGGGUCUUCAAGAAAACUACAAUUCCCUCCUUGAGAAAUUAGGAGAAUAUGCAAGGGUAGCCAAGGCAGCUGUUAAAAAGAUGAAGAAGGCAAAUGAGGACUAUAGAAGUCUCCUAGUGCGAUAUAAGGAGGUCAAAUGUGAAAUAAAGACAUUGAAUGAAGAGGUAACUGAAGCUUACUCAAAGAUAAAAUUUCUUGAACUUGAGGUGGUUCAAGCCAAUGCUAAAAUUGAAACCGGAUUGGGAUAUUCUGGAGAGAGUAGUUCGGCUGUCAAUAUCUCCAAGGAAGUAAAGUUUGUGAAAGCCAAAGAACCAAUGGUAGCUACCACAAAGGCUGAGAAAGUGAAGCCGGAGAAAAAGAGGAAUGUGACUGACCAACGGGUGUUGAAUAAGCCUCGUAACCAAUCAGUGAUCAAGUUUGAAGCCAAAGGGAAAUCACUUCCAAAAUCACAAAGAGGUCCGAGAACAAACCACUUUUGCCAUCACUGUGGAAUUCAAGGUCACACAAGACCCAAUUGUCAUAAGCUACAAGCAUUGAAGAAUUCAGGUGCUCAAAGGUCGAGAGGACUAAGAAAUGACAAAAGGAAUUGGGCUGUUGAGCAAUCAAGAGGUCGAGAUGGUGAUUCUAGAGUGAUGGACGUGAUGAAAAUGAUUGAUGCAUUCACCACCUGUAUCAGUUGGCUUGCUGAGGGUACAAUGAUGUUCCAGAGUGUAGUCCUUAAUCUCUUCAUGUCCUUACUCUUUUUCUCUUCAACCAUCACCACUGCCAUUGCUGCCUUGCCAAAACAACAAGAGCUAGAUCGAAUAUCAGCACUGCCUGGACAACCACCAGUCACAUUUUCUCAAUUUUCUGGCUACAUUACUGUCAACGAGCAAUAUGGACGAGCUCUCUUCUACUGGUUGACUGAAGCCACUUCUUUUCCUGAAAAGAAACCUCUUGUUCUUUGGCUCAAUGGAGGGCCAGGUUGUUCAUCGGUGGCAUAUGGAGCAUCGGAGGAAAUCGGGCCAUUUAGAAUUAACAGUACCGGUUCAUCACUUUAUCUCAAUGAGUAUUCAUGGAAUAGAGAGGCAAAUCUUCUAUUUCUUGAAUCACCUGCUGGUGUUGGUUUCUCAUAUACAAAUACAAGCUCCGAUCAUUAUGAUUCUGGAGAUAAACGGACCGCUGAGGAUGCUCUAGUAUUUCUAAUUAGCUGGAUGUCAAGAUUUCCACAAUACAAAUAUCGAGAAUUCUACAUUGCUGGGGAGAGCUAUGCUGGGCAUUAUGUUCCCCAGUUGGCAGAGAAAAUUGUCGAAUAUAAUAAGGCACUCUUGCAACCCGCCUUCAACCUUAAAGGAUUUAUAGUGGGAAAUGCAGAUUUUGAUCAUUACUAUGACAAAAUUGGAGUUAUAACAUAUUGGUGGAGCCAUUCAAUGAUAUCUGAUACAAGCUACAGAUCAAUUCUCAAGAAUUGCAAUUUCAAAGAGGUAAAGGAAUCACUGGAAUGUGAUAGUGCACAGAGCUAUGCUGAGAAAUAUGAGCUUGGAUUCAUAAAUGAAUACAGUAUUUAUACACCACCUUGUAUCACAUCGAUUAAUAAUACUAUGAGGCCUCCAAGGCUCAGAAAUACUCUAUUGCAUCCAAGUGUUUCUGGGUACGAUCCAUGUACUCAGAAUUAUGCAGAGAAGUAUUAUAAUCUACCGGAAGUGCAAAAGGCAAUGCAUGCAAAUGUUACUGGAAUUCUUUACAACUGGACUGCUUGCAGUGAUGUUAUCAUUAGCAACUGGAAAGAUUCUGAAUUUUCUAUGUUGCCGAUAUACAAGAAGUUGUUUGCAGCUGGUCUAAGAAUCUGGGUUUUCAGUGGAGACACAGAUUCAAUGGUUCCAGUGACUGGCACUAGGUUAGCUCUCAGCCAUCUCAAUCUCACCAUUAAAACUGAGUGGUAUCCAUGGUACGCAGAUGAAGAGGUAGGAGGAUGGACAGAGGUCUACGAUCAGCUAACUUUUGCUUCAGUGAGAGAGGCUGGUCAUGAGGUUCCACUAUUUCAACCCAAGAGAGCAUUCAUUCUUUUCAAAUCUUUUUUGGCAGGGGAGGAAUUGCCACAUUCUUGA